AUGUUCUUGAUUGAGAAUGGAUAUUUCGGCUGCAGCGAGACCAUAAGUUUCGAGAAACUGCUCGUCAUUGCCUUUCGCGAUUUCAAGACAUUCCAAUGCCACUCUGGUCAGAAGUGCUCCCAAACCAAGUUUGUGCCGAGGUUCGUUUGGAAGCCUGAAACCCAUGGGGCUCACAUGGGCCACAAAGGGCAUAACGGCAAGAUCAUCGCAUAUUGGCUGGGGGACUGUAUGCAAAAGGCUGUGGAACGAUCUACGGCACCCGGUCGCGACGUUUGCAAAUGGCUACUUGAAACAAAUAACUGGCCAAAUGAUGAGCGACUGGAGCUCAUUGCAGCGACGAUGCAAACACUGUGUGCAUGGUUUCGGGAGGUCGAGAAGCAUGGUCGGUACCUGACUGCCGAAGCAGCCGAUGCAAUAUAUGGGCAUGGCAUGAAGUACCUCCGUUAUCACCUCAUUCUGUGUAAAAUUUCCAUGAGGAUGAACAAGUUGCAUUGGCACAUCCGGCCCAAGAUGCAUGCUGCCAGUCCGCAAGAUGAUGAGAUCUGGAAUUCUGUGUUUGU